AUGGUUUUGGUCAAAAUGGCACUCACCCCAUCAAAUGGCGAAGUCAGCACAGCAAACCCUGUAAGAGUGUGGUUCAAGGCCAAAAAUGACUUGGAGUUGGCCUGCACAGACAUGUCCUCGUCGUUGACAAACCAGUACUCUGGUUUGACGUUUGCCUUCACACGGCUGAUCAACGACGUCUUGAUUUCUGCUAGUCUUCCCUCGCUAGCCUUCAAAUCAUUUGAAAGGUUUGGAUCAAGUAUAGACUUGGCGUGUGAUUUGAGCUUGUCGUUCAGGUCUUCUUUGUUGGAAGUGUAG